AUGUCUGCCACCGUGAUCCCCUCGGUGGGGCCAUCGAUGGCUGAACACCUCCACGGCCUGCGCGGCGGUGCUCGACCUGACUUUCAGGAACCACUCCCCUCGCCUGCGCAGCUUCAAGAGCUCUUCGACCAUCACCGGGCUGAUGUUCCCCUUGAGGACUUCCUCCGUCGGGUGUGUGAGACUCGGCCUACUGGCACGGCCACUGCCACUGCCACCUUUCCAUUGAUGCUUGACUCCGGCAACUUCUUCCAAGGGGUGUCGAUGCCACGCAUCAUGGACUCUCUUAUUCGGGACAACGGGAACUCGGUUCUCAAACGUCUACUGCGUGAGCAUGCUUUCGGCGCGAUCGACAAACGCCGAGAUGGCGGCUUACGCAUCCUGGUUCGCACAAGCGAAGCGCAGCAAGCUUUGAAUGGCGAAGAGGUAUCGAUCAUGGGGAGGAAGUUCCGGAUUGGGCUAGAAUCGCCUCUGGCUCAAUGCUUCUUCCUUGAUGUGAUCGGCCUCACUACCGCGGAGGAGGCGCUCACCGUGUUCAGGUCCCUGGCCUCUCGUGGGGCUAAACCUGUGUACUUCCGACCU